AUGAAAGAGAGAUCUGUCACAGAGGAAACAGGAAGAUCAGAGAAAACGCGAUCGCAGAGAAGACGCUCGCUCGGGAAGAAAACACGGAACACCAUAGCUGCGGCUUUGAUCCAACGGUCGAUUUCGUCUUCAAGUUCUUGCCAUGGAGUGUCUUGUACUUCCUCCAUCGUUAGUCCUCUCAGAUGCAACCUCGACAAACUCUCCUCUAGAAACUCUCUCCGUCGGCUGCUGUACACUCGUGAACACUCUUUUCCGAAUCCACCGGCGACCAUCCGCAGAGCGAUCGCGUUUAGAUCGCCGACUGUGCUCGAUGGUAACGCCUCAAUCACGAUCUUGUAA